CAACAGCCGCUUGGCUUUUUAAUUUGACAAGUGACAGAAAAUGUAAAGCAUCGACAUGGCGGGUAUUCGUGAAAUAGACAAAGCAUUAUUCCCAAUAAAGAAUAUACCAUCAGUUAUCCAACUGUUCAAGAAUCAGUUAGAAGACGCCUGCGAGCCGGAUUUGGCUCUACUUUCAGUAGUUGCCGGCGCUGUCGAGAAUUCGUUGACAUGCCGGUCGAACACGAGCUUGCAGGUAUGCGAACCAGUGGAGCCGACAAGCCUCCCAAUCCUGGAAUUCCACACAAUCGAGACCCUCUACAACAAGUUCCACACGAUCAUGAAGAGCGCCGUCGAGUGCAACAAGGGCUUUAAGUCGUACGCCACCAGAGAGCUCGUCAAGAAAGUCUCCGACGUCGUUUGGAACUCCCUCACGCGCAGCUACUACAAGGACAGGGCGCACUUGCAGAGCCUCUACAGCUACCUGACUGGGAGCAAGCUGGACUGCUUUGGGGUCGCCUUCGCCGUGGUGGCCGGCUGCCAGGCUUUGGGGUACUCUGACGUGCAUUUGGCCCUCUCGGAAGACCACGCCUGGGUUGUCUUCGGCGAGAGGGGCACCGAGACGGCCGAAGUCACGUGGCACGGCAAAGGCAACGAGGACAAACGGGGCCAAGAGAUUGGGAAAGGCGUCUCGGCCAGGUCUUGGUUAUACGUAAAUAAUAAGCCGGUGGUUUGCACCAGACAUAUGGAAGUUGCCGCCUUAGUCUCAGCUAUUAAUCCCUCUCUAAAUGCCACACAUGACGCUUUCGAAGUUGCGCUGCUGCAGCAGGAUUUGUUAUGGCUUUUGUAUGACUUGGGGCAUCUGAAGAAGUACCCCAUGGCCAUUGGUAAUUUGGGCGAUUUGGAAGAAAUUGCCCCAAAGGGGGGAAGGACACCCUGUAGCGUUUUAUUUGAAGAGGCCAUAUCGUCUGCACGUACCUAUUACAAUAAUCAACAUGUAUAUCCGUAUACUUAUCAGGGAGGUUACUUUUAUCGUAACAAAAUGUACAAAGAAGCUUUUGAGAGUUGGGCAAAUGCCAGUGAUGUCAUUAGGUUGUAUAAUUAUUCGCGGGACGACGAAGAGAUUUACAAGGAAUUCUUAGAGAUAGCGAACGAACUAAUACCUCACAUAAUGAAAGUGGAAAGCUCAGGUUUCAGUGCAAACACAAUCCUAAAAAAGCCCGAAUGUUUCGCAAACCUGUUGCGUUUUUACGACGGCAUUUGCCAGUGGGAGGAAGGAAGUGCCACUCCUGUCCUUCACAUAGGAUGGGCCAAACCGCUAGUAAAUACAAUAUCAAAAUUCGAUGCUGAAGUGCGAGCCCAAGUCGAAAUCGUCUGUGGUCGGCCUGAAGACGACACCAAUAAACGAUCAAACGGUGGCUAUUUCAACAACAACAACUACGAAAAAGAGAACGGAACCAACGAAACAGACAUCCUGACUUCGCUCAAUUCGAAGGCACUCAAAGACGACCAAUCAACCUCGAAUUUUCACCCGAGCAUUGAGGCUUUGACCGCCGCUUGCUCGGAGAAAAUUCUCAACCCGGAGUAUUUGCUCCAAGGAGAUGGAUCGCCUUUUGUUGGUGGAGAUGAGGCUGUGCCAUUGGAAAAGGAAAACGGCAAACCGAGCACUUCCAAGCAAGAAACGGAAGAGAAGAAAGAAGAGGUGCCUCCACCUGUCGUCGAAAAGGAAGAACCCGUCGAGAACAAACGGCCGACAAUCAUUCUUCACAGCCAGAAGAUGAAAGAACUGAAGGAUCUUCUACUAGCGGAAAAAUUGAAUACUCACGCGAUUUCGCUCCAUUUAACGGCGCAAUCUCAAGUACAAGUCGGUAAGAAAGGUCGCAGCGACUCGGACGGGGGCAUCAGACCCAAGAGGGCCAGGCGCGAGUAAGUGUACAUUUUCGGCGAGGAUUUAUACAGUACUUAAUUAGUAAUGCAGGGCAUUAUAUAUUUAAAUGCAAUAUCAUGAGUGGCUUUGAAGAGGUUUCCUAAAACAAGCAAAUAAUUUUUUUCGCGCUAUUUACAGCCAACUUUGUUAGAGUAGUACGCAUGGCCUCCGUUCUAAAUCUGAUGACCUCUUCACUUCGAACGCAAAAUAGUUUCGCGAGCUUGCCAUUUGAUCUGUAGUGCACAUUAUGAUAAAAGGAUCAGUAUUAUGUUGAACAGAACUGAUAAUUCUCAUAAUUUAUUGAGUCUUUUGACUUUCUUCUCUUAAAACAUAGAAUAAGAUAUUGCAGUUAAUUUAAUUAAGCGAACGCCUCAUUUACUUAUGUGAUUGCACCUCCCGCUUGACGCUUGUUCUUGUUCUGGAUAUUUUACUUGCACGUUAGUUAUCUCCUAGUUAGCGUUAGGUUAUUGUUAAACAUUCCUCGUGAUUAGAUCACAAAUUGCCUAGUAUUUUUCGGUUGUUAAUGCAUUUUAUGCAUCUAAAUGUUUUAUUGUGGUAUUUAUUGUGUAUUUUAUUAAGUGUUGUAAGUUAUUUCAUUCACCAUAAUCAAACGCCGAGCAAUCUCUACAUAUUCACGCCGCAAUAUGACGAUGCAUACACAUAAUCCAAGGCUGUUUAGUAGUUUUUUUGAGGUAAGAUUUGUUUGCUGCUACCUCCCCCGUAUUUUUAGUGCAGAUCUGUGCAAUCGAUUGCCGAUUUUAACACGAAAUCAUUUGCCAAAUCGUCGAUUUGUGUUGUUUGCAAUAGCAUUAAAUAGAUCAAGUGUAAACUAUAGGAAGAAAUCAACUUUUAGAAUCAUCCUUCUUGUUUAGGAAUAAGAUAAAUUUAGUGAGUAGCUUGAAAAGCUGAUUUUAUUUUUAUAUUCGGUAUUAUAGUGAAACUGAGAAAUGGUACAAUAAUUACGAGAUUCAGUGAAAAUUUUACAAUCGCGAAACAGAACGGUUUUAAGGGCGCUAGUAUACUAUUACUAUUUUUUUAAUUGUUUAAAGUUGCCAAACGUUUUAGUGGAAAACAAUGCUUUGUUUAACUUGGUUCUGUUUCGGUUUUAAGCGUCUUUAUUUUUGUAAUUCAGGUGUAGAUUUUAAGUGGUUUAUAUUUUACUUUUUCUAUUACCGUUUAUACAUGUACCACAGCAAAAUUAAAUUAUUGUAGUCUGUGAUGAAUUAAAGGGUGACUAAUGUAUUUAUUGAUUAAUGUAUUUUGUAGAAAUAGAGGUAUUAUUGAUACAUGUAUUUUUCUAACCAAAAGUAAAUUUAUCAGAUUCUUCCAUUUUGUUUGUUAAUGUUGAAUUAUAAGAAGUCUAACUUUGAAGUUUGGAAAUGAUCGUAUAAGUAUUGUUAUAUUUUGUAGGCUUUUCUCAAUACAAAUAAACAAUGUACAUCACAUCUUAUUAGAGUAACUCUGAUUAUUUACAAUGUAUACAAUUUAGAAGUUAAAUACUUGUAUUUUCGCCCACAAUUAUUAAUAAAUGAAAUGCAUACUUAA